ACACCACUGUGUCUGCAUGCUGUCAUGAAGAUGGCUUCGAUGGAUUUGGUGAUAAUUUCCCUUAUUUCUGUGGUGCUUUUGGAAACUUGUUCUUCACAAAUAGUAAGGAUAGGCGUGAUAGCCCCCUUCAACUCAGCCUGGAUCCAAGCAGUUAAUGGGGCAAAUGAAGAGACGUUUAUUAAAGACAAAAACGGUCGCUUCACCAUUGAGGUGCGACAUUAUGGAUACCAGGUGCCCUUGAACCUAAGACAGGUUCUUUCAUUAAUGGACAAAAUCCAGCGAGAGAAAGUGACUGUGAUGGUGGGCUCCUACGACACUUUGGUAGCAAGCAUGGCGGAGUCACUCUUAGUCCCGUUUAUCACCCUGGACCUUCACGAGGCGUCGAUGGGCUCGCAGACCAACCCGUUCAUCUUUAGCCUGUACCCCUCGGGGUCCCUGGUGAAAUACGUGGCCAAGGAUGUGGCUGACUACUACAGGUGGAAAGAAGUCUGCAUCAUCUACAAUAUUGAUGAUGGUAUUCGAGGCAUCGGUAUGCAUCUCAUGGGCUCCAUAAUCUCCGGGCUAGACCUUAAUGUCAAGGCUGUCUUCUUUGACCGGAACACCUCAGACCACGAUUUGCUCCAUAAGCUGGUGCAGUUGAGGGAGCGGAAACGCAAAACUAUGAUGGUCCUGUCAAGAACGGAGGGUCUGCCCAGAGUCCUUAAUGCUGCGAUGAAGCUGAGUCUUCUUACUCGAGAAUACCAGUGGGUAACCUUAACGAUAGACCUGGACAGGAUGAACAUGAACACGUGGGCAGAUACGGGGGCCAACUUCACGGGGUUCCGCCUCAUCCGUCCCCAGCAUACCAAGUCUAUCAUCCAAUCCAUGGACGAUGCUUUGAGCCACGACGCCGUGGUGAUAUUAAGGGAGGCAGUGAUCAGCUGGCUGGGGACUCUGAGCCCCGAGACGAGGAUGCAGACACCAUAUGUCAUGGGGAGAGACAUAUUGGAGCAUCUAAAACGGGUGCAAGCUGACGGCGUGACUGGUUGGAUUCAGUUUAAUUCCUUUGGUCGGCGGACCAAUGUCUCUCUUGAUAUUGUAGGCCUGAGUCAAGCAGGACUUUACAAGAAAGGAGAAUGGAAGGAGAGCUACCCGACUCUUGGAGAAAGGAUGCAGACCAAUGAGACGACGAAUUUCAGGGGUGAACCUCUGCCAUUCGGGGUAUCUCCUGUACGGAUAGUCACUAUAUUGGAAGAACCUUUCAUCAUGUUAAAGAACAACUACAGCACUGGCAACGAUCGAUUUAAAGGCUACUGCAUAGACCUUUUAGAAGCAAUGGUCAGUUUGGUCCCGAAACAAUUUGAGUACGAGAUCUACCUUGUUCCUGAUGGCCAGUUUGGAGCCAAGAAUAAUAAGGGACAGUGGACUGGUAUCAUGAAAGAACUCAUUGAUGGGAACGCUGCCCUGGCCAUCGCCCCUCUAACCAUCACCUUAGAAAGAGAAGAAGCCAUCGAUUUCACCAAACCCUUCAAAACUUUAGACAUCAACAUCUUAAUUGAGCUGCCAGAAAAGGGCCGCUCCUUGACGCAGUUCCUCAGCCCGCUCUCCAUCUACGUCUGGGGGAUGGUCCUGCUCGCCUUGAUUGUGGUCAGCGCGGUGCUGUGCGCCAUUGACAGGAUCAACCCUGACAAUGAGGGGAUUGAGGGAGAGACCCAUCGGUAUAACAUCAGGGAGAGCCUGUGGUUCUGCUAUGCUGGGCUGGUCGGGGCAGGGACAGAGCAGACACCGAAGAGACUAUCAGCGCGGGUCUUGGGCAGCGCCUGGUGGUUCUUCUCUCUCAUUAUUAUAUCAUCAUACACAGCCAACAUGGCCGCCUUCCUGACCAUGUCUCAAAUCUCGUCCCCAAUAGAAAGUAUAGCCGACCUCGGUGCCCAGAACAAGAUCAAAUAUGGUACUGUGAAAAACUCUCGCGCUGCUGAAUUCUUCAAAAACUCAAAAUCAGAAAUUUAUAAGAAAAUGUGGACUCAGAUGAGCGAGGUGGAUCCAGAUAGUAUGGUGCAUUCCUCAAAGGAGGGUCCAGAAAAGGUACACGAAAGUUCCUACGCCUUCCUCUGGGACUCUCCCGUCAAUACGUACACUGCUACCCAGGACUGUAAAGCCAUGGUGCUAGGAGGUCCUUUUGACCGAAAGGGGUACGGAUUUGGUGUGCCCAAGGGAGCAUCGUACAGGGACAUGUUCACGAUAGCAUUGCUCAAGCUCAAUGAACAGGGUACCUUGGGUGACUUGGACAGAAAAUGGUGGGGUCGUGGGAAAUGUGGCAGCAGCGAAACUAAUAAAGUUGGCGGCAAAGUUUGUACUUCUAGAUGGUGGGGCCAGGGUAAAUGCGGCGAUCCAAGUACCGUGAGUAAGGUCAGCAAGACCGCCCAGCUGCAUCUCAACAACGUUGGUGGUCUCUUCGUCAUCAUGCUCUGCGCCAUGGCGGUGGCUUUGGCCGUCUGCGCUGCUGAGAAGUGCUGGACGCUGUAUGUUGCAAGAAAAACAAAUGUAACAUCCGACGACAUGGUUGCAGAGAGAAGCAAAGGCGGUGCCGCAGGGCGAUUCCCUCUUGCGACCUACAUUGAAUGAGGAAGACGAGGAGGAGGAGGAGGAGGGGGCGAGAAUCACACCGAACACCACCUGGACCCUCUUGUAAUGAUGGUAUGGGGAUAAUAUCAAUGUGAGAAAGAACUUUCUGAUGAAACAUAGUAUCAGCCUGAGUGGUUCGAUAAGGAAGGAUCCAGUUUAACAGAAAGGAGAAAGGGCAGACUGGAUGUGAGGACCCGUGGUGUGACCACUCUUGUGAUUUUAGAUUACCACUGGUUUCGAGUACUUUAUGGCCUAAAACACCUCAUCUAGCACAGAUAUCUAAAUAUAUAUAUAUAUGUAUCUUUAUUGCAUUACCUAGUGUUUUCUUAUUCUGAUAUCAAAGUCAGUUAAUGGACGGGUUGUGUCGUUGAACCUGUCAACUAUCAACAUAAUCCCAAUCAGUAACUGAGUAAUCAGCGGAAUCAGUUAGACCUGCAAUAAUAGGUAUCCCCGCGUGGAAGACCAGCAAUUCAAACCAUCGUUUCAGUUGAUUUCUUGUACUGAUUGUUCGCCUGUAUAAUAAUAUUAUGAUGUAACGGUGCAGAAAAAAGAAGGUAUAACAUACCAUGAUAUAUACCGGCUCCUCUUAUUAUGUUUUUACCUUUUUUCUCCAUACUUUUUCGAAGUAUAUCAACAAUUUCGACGUUAUGCAGUGUUCGAUCAGAUUAUUGUAAAAUAAAGCAUUUAUGCCGGUGUAAGUCAAA